AUGUCCAGCGAAUUGGCUGCCGCUUUUUUCACCUCGAGCUUCCUGGUGUCUAGCAAAUCCAUUGUUCAAGCUUGUUAUUUCCACUCCAUGCUCAUGGCUUCCAGAAUUCUUGGCCUCGCGCUGCUCUGCUGUGUCGUCCAGGGCAUGCGCAAAGGAGACGUCCAGUUCCACGAAGGCGGCACGGUAGAAACCGGUGUGACAGUACGCGAGACUGAACAGCCCUCGCUCAGCAUCAACUACCCGGUGGACCCUGCGCGACUGCAAGAAAAGAUUGGAAAGCGCUUGGAGCCAGAUGUGUACGACGGCAAGGCCUUCGUCCAGGUGUCUGUUUUCUUUAAAUCCAGAGUGGAGAUGAAAGCUCCAGUCGUUGGCUUCGUGCCCACCGGUAUGAGUAGCUGGGGCCUACGCAUGUCGACCUAUGUGAAGAAGGAUGGGGAGAAGGGUUUCGUGGUGCUGUCGGUGGACGUCGAGAGCUCCUUAAUGUCCACUGGUUGCAGCUGGACACAGACGGAGAAGGGCACCAAAUGUGGCAGCGCAAAGGUGACCGAGCACUCCUUCCUUCCCCAAAACGAGGACCCAAAAAUGGCCAACAUUACCGUGGUGGAGGGCACGGCCGAGCUUCUGAGCCUCCGAGCUGAGCUGAGCGACACCGUCUCCAAUGAGCCUUUCCAGGAGUGGGCCAACAACCGCACGGCUCGAUUCCGCGUCUUCGGGGAGAACCUCGAGAAUCUCGAGCGCGGGGUGCAAAAUGAAAGGCUUUUCGAGGGCAAGCAUCAGGUGAAGAUGGACAGCUACUUCAGUUCCGCCAUCUUCCGGACCAAGUCAUACUUUGGAGAGUCCUGGAGCGACCUCGAUCACACCGAUCCGUGCAGGGAGGGCUACUGCUUCUUGUACAGCAAGUUUCAGUUCGUGGACUAUGAAGGCGUGAAGGUGGAGGAUGCUGCAUGA